AAUUAAAUUUACUUGUCGUUACAGCAAUUGUUAAUGGUCCAUUUUUUCUGUUUGUAUAACCAUGUUGUUUCUACGAUGCCGUGGACAACUGGGUGUUCGAAGAGCAUUUGAUGUUACACGGUAUACUGCGUACAUUCAUUACAGUAACAACAGUGAAAGUAGGACAGAUACCAGCUUGACUACUACAUCAAAUGAAAACUCAAUGCAAUACAAAUAUGUUGCGGGAAAAGUUCCCCUCCGAAGCAGAGAAAAGUUAAAUAUCGCGGAGAGGAUUGUUGUAAAGUUGGGCAGUGCUGUUUUGACCAGAGGAGACCAAGGAGGUAUUGCUUUGGGUCGACUUGCUUCCAUUGUUGAACAAGUUGCAGAACUUCAUUCUAAGGGAAAAGAAGUCAUGAUCGUUUCAAGUGGAGCUGUUGCAUUUGGUCGGCAGCGUCUGCAAAAGGAAUUGUUAAUGAGUCGCAGUGUAAGAGAAACUAUAAAAGGUCAAAGUCAUGGGAAUGUAGAUACAAUUCAAAGAAAAGUGGAUAGUCGCUCUUGCGCUGCUGCAGGUCAAAGUGGUUUGAUGGCACUGUAUGAAUCAAUGUUUGCUCAGUAUAACAUCACUACUGCACAAGUCCUUGUUUCAAAAAGAGAUUUAGACAGAGAGCAUCGUUUGCAUUUACAAGCUACAUUAAAUAAUUUGUUGGCUUUAUCAAUUGUUCCAAUAAUAAACACAAAUGAUGCUGUCAUUCCUUUACCAGAUCAUGAUGUCAAUGUGGAUGAUGCAAUUUCCAUCACAGACAAUGAUAGCUUGGCCGCCAGACUAGCUGUGCACACUGACACAGACUUGCUGAUUUUGAUGUCAGAUGUGGAUGGUUUAUAUACUGGUCCACCAAGCAAUCAAAAUUCCAAGCUUGUUUCAGUUUAUUCAACUGCAAACGUGUUGUCAGGAAUUGAAUUUGGUCAAAAAUCAUCUGUUGGGCUUGGUGGUAUGGGUUCUAAAGUUCAGGCCGCUGUAUGGUCCUUGGAACAUGGUACCUCUGUGGUAAUCUGCAAUGGCUGCAACGCUAAAGGUCCUUCAAUUACUGAUAUUGUUAAUGGAAAAAAUGUUGGUACUUUUUUUACAACUGAAGUAACAAAUUCAGAAAAUGCAACAAACCAAGCUGAGAGAGCUCGCACAGAUGGAAGUAAAUUGCAGCAACUUCAAGUAGAUGAUCGUGUGAACAUUUUAUAUAAAAUGGCUGAUUUGCUUGAAACAAAAGAGGAAGAAAUAAUGGCUGCCAAUCAUGUGGAUGUUGCAAACGCUAAAAAAUCAAGCAAUUUGUCUGGACCACUGAUGGACAGACUGGUAUUAUCACCACGACGAUUACGUGAUCUUUCAGAUGGUGUAAGACAAGUUGCAGAUAAAAGUGCUGGUUUGGUUGGGAAUGUUUUAUUACGCCGAAAAAUUGCUGAGGAUUUAAUAGCUGAGCAAGUACGUGUUCCAAUUGGUGUUUUGUUAAUAAUAUUUGAAUCACGCCCAGAUUGUCUUCCCCAAAUUGCCUCAUUGGCAAUUGCAACCGGUAAUGGGAUUUUGUUAAAAGGUGGAAGGGAAUCUGUUCAUACAAAUAGAUGUUUACACAAGAUAGUCAAAGAUGCCUUGUCACUGUACAACUGCGAAGAAGCUGCACAACUUAUUGAAAGCAGAGAUGAAGUGUCGGAUUUAAUUGCGGAAGCACAAGGUUCCAUUGAUUUAAUUAUUCCACGUGGUUCAUCAGAUAUGGUUAGAGGAAUCCAAGAAAUGGCUGCAGGGACAUCUGUUCCUGUACUUGGACACAGCGAAGGAAUUUGUCAUAUUUACGUUGAUGAAGAAGUAUCUGUUGAUAUGGCAUGUCGAGUUAUCAUAGAUGCUAAGUGUAAUUAUCCAGCGGCAUGCAAUGCCGUUGAAACUCUUUUAAUUCAUAAAGAUCUAUUGCACACUUCUGUAUUCAAACAAAUUAAUGAUGUUCUACAAGCUGAAAAUGUUAAAGUGCAUCUUGGUCCAAAAAUUGCAUCAAGGUUGCUAUUUUCUCCUUCCAUUGCUAGCUCUCUUCGACAUGAAUAUUCUGGACUUGAAUGUUGUAUUGAGAUUGUUGAUAGCGUAGAUGAAGCAGUGGCUCAUAUUAAAAAGUUUGGUAGUUCUCAUACAGAUGCUAUAAUUACAAAUAAUGUUGAUACUGCUGAAUAUUUUCUCUCAAAUGUGGACAGUGCUUGUGUCUUUCAUAAUUUAAGCACUCGGUUUGCUGAUGGACAGCGUAUGGGACUGGGAGCUGAGGUUGGAGUAAGCACAACUCGAAUUCAUGCUCGAGGUCCCGUGGGUGCAGAAGGGUUGCUCACCUACAAAUGGAUUUUACGGGGAAAUGGUCAUGCUGUACGUGACUUUGGUGUAGAUGGAACUAGAACAUUUCUACAUCAUGAUUUACAAGUAUAAGUGCAAGAUUUAGACCCCAAUAUUGUUAUCACUAUUAAGUGAAAUACACUAGGCCAUUUUUAGUUUUUAUUCCUGGCACAGCUUGCACCAAUAUAUACUUAUAGUUGUUUCACAUUCCUAGUAUCUUCAUGGUGCAAUACGUUUGUUUGGUUCACUUAACAUGGAUCACACUUUAGAAUUUAUAGUACUGUCAAUAUGGACUUGUAACGUAAAUCACAUUAUGUUUAGUUUCUAAUAUCCAAUCCUGAAUUAGAUUAACUAUUUUACUUUUUUUGUUUAAACUUCUAAGUGAAGUAAAAGUUGUUGGUGUCUCACAUCGUUCGUGUCUGAUUCGCUUACAUCGUUGGUGUCUCAUUGAAGCAAUAAAUAGUAAAUACACUUUAUAUAGUUUUGUGCAUUUUAAGAAUCUAAAUAAAGUACAAAGCAGUUUUACUGAUUUA